UCAUUGCGGCUUGGAAUGCUCUUGAAGAAAAGAUUUGGAGUUAUGCUCUGGACAAAGUUUCAAACGGAAGGACGGACAGAGAGACGGGACCAAUUACUAAUCCCAUCCGAAAUUUCGGCGGGGAUAAAAAGUUGGGAGUUCUGGCUUCUGCUUCUGAAGGUUGAAGUUUCACAUGUGCGGUUACUUUUGCUCGGUUUGCAUCACAUAGAAAGUAUGUCAUCUCAGAUCGAGGUGCCGUAUAUCGACAAACUGUUCGAAGCUGACGGGUAUUUGAGACUUCAUGAAGGAGAAAUCCGUAGAAGGUAUGGAUGCUUCAAGAAGCUGUUAAGCCAGAUAGAUGCAAACGAAGGUGGUCUCGAGAAGUUUACACGUGGCUAUGAGAGGUUUGGCAUUCAUAGGACCUCGGAUAACGGCAUCCACGUGCUAGAGUGGGCACCAAUGGCAGAGGGAAUCUACCUAAGAGGAGAUUUCAAUAGUUGGAACCAGACCCAGUACCCAUUCAAGAAGCUGGACUUUGGGAAAUGGGAGUUGACCAUUCCACCGAAUCCUGAUGGAAGCUGUCCCAUCAAGCACAACACCAAAGUAAAGUUGGUUAUGCACACAAGGGGAGGUAAAAUGGAGGACCGUUUGUGCCCUUGGGCGAAGAGAGUCACGAGAGAAGAGAAGGUUCCCGUAUAUGACCAGGUGUUCUGGGACCCACCAGAACAAUAUGUGUUUAAACACAAGCACCCAAAGCAGCCAGCUAGUUUAAGAAUCUACGAAAGUCACGUUGGAAUAGCCUCAUGGCAGGGAAAAGUGGCCUCCUACCCUGAAUUCACCAGAGAUAUGCUGCCACGUAUCGCCAAACUAGGUUAUAAUGCCAUACAACUGAUGGCUAUAAUGGAGCACGCCUACUAUGCCAGCUUUGGGUACCAAGUGACAAGUUUCUUUGCUGCUUCUGGUCGCUUUGGCACCCCAGAAGAACUCAAGGAACUUGUUGACACGGCUCAUAGCCUAGGAAUCGUUGUGUUGCUGGAUGUCGUACAUAGCCACGCCUCCAAGAAUGUUGUCGACGGUCUGAACAUGUUUGACGGCUCGGACUCAUGCUACUUCCACAGCGGCGGGAAAGGAACCCAUGAUCUGUGGGACUCCCGUCUGUUUAACUAUACACAGUGGGAGACCUUGAGGUUUCUGCUGUCAAACCUCCGCUGGUGGAUUGAAGAGUACCAGUUUGAUGGCUUCCGCUUCGACGGCGUCACUUCCAUGCUCUAUCACUCCCAUGGAAUAGGUCAUGGCUUCAGCGGGGACUAUAACGAGUACUUUGGACUGAACACUGACACUGACUCACUGGUCUACAUGAUGAUGUCCAACCACAUGCUGCAUACACUGUACCCAGACUUCAUAAUCACCAUUGCAGAGGAUGUAUCCGGAAUGCCAGCUCUAUGCAGGCACGUGUCAGAAGGGGGUGGUGGUUUUGACUAUCGACUUGCCAUGGCUCUACCUGACAUGUGGAUAAAGAAUCUAAAAGAGAAAUCGGACGAUGACUGGGAUUUUUCCAACAUCAUUCACACGUUGACCAACCGACGCUACACUGAAAAGUGUAUUGCAUACGCAGAAAGUCACGACCAGGCGCUUGUGGGUGACAAAACUCUGGCCUUCUGGCUGAUGGACAAGGAGAUGUACACUCAUAUGUCUGAGCUGGCUCCACCCAGCUUGAUCAUUGACCGAGGCAUGGCACUCCACAAGAUGAUACGUCUGAUCACCAUGGGCCUUGGCGGGGAGGGCUACCUGAACUUCAUAGGCAACGAAUUUGGUCACCCGGAGUGGCUGGACUUUCCCAGAGUGGGAAACAAUGAGAGCUUCCACUACUGCCGUCGCCAGUGGAAUCUAGUGGAUGACAACCUCCUAAAGUACAAGUACCUUGCCAACUUUGACCGGGACAUGCAGCAUCUAGAGAAACAUUAUGGCUGGCUGGCCCCAGGGGCGCAGCAAUAUGUGAGCCGCAAACACCAGAGUGACAAGGUGGUGGUGUUUGAACGGGUCAACAAGUUGGUGUUCAUCUUCAAUUUCCACGCUAACAAGAGCUACACUGACUACAAGAUUGGUGUCAAUGUGCCUGGAAAGUACAAGAUAGUACUGGACUCGGACUCUGGCGUGUAUGGGGGUCACAAGCGACUUGACCACAGUACUGAUUUCUUCACGUUCAACGAAGCGUGGGACGAUAGGCAGAAUGCAUUGAUGGUAUACAUCCCAUGCCGGACUGCUAUAGUUCUGGCAAAACAAGACUGAUGAUAGUGGAGUCUUCUUUUCUAGUCUUACAGCUACAUGGCUGGUCAUCAGAAUCACCAUAGUAGUGUUUAAGGGCCAUAUUGACAGAAUUUGAAGAAAAACUUAUGCAUUUUGAUAUGAAGAAAAAAAUAUUGACCCAUUUUAAAUUGAUAAUCCAUGCUGAACAAGCGGCAUUCGUACUGUUAAAGUCGUCAGUUGAAAUUUGCGCAUUAUUUUUCUGCACAAGAAUGAUAUAUCUUUCAAAUGCCUGCUUGUGUUUUAUCAAUAUUUAAUUGUUGAUGGACUAUAGAUGUGCUCCUUGAAAACAAUAAAAGAUGGGUGGAUAGAGACAGGUUGUGGAAUCUGAUCAUGCAGUAUUGACAUGGGCGAAAGAAGUGUGAUUUUUCAUGUAAAAUAAUGUGUAAGCAAUUUUUUAAGCAAUACAUUUAAUCAGGGAUGCCUGGGAUAUCCAAUAUUUUUAAAGUUUUUGACAUUUAAGCUUUUAAUAUAUUAUAAUCCACGCCAAUUAAGAUUUUGUAGGUACACCAAACUAAGUUUCAUGCAAUUUUUUCCCACAUAUGUUGAUUUAUUCACAUGAAAUAGAACACAUGUUGUUUUCAUGACCUCCUUCAAAGAAGAUUGCACUCACCAUUCCCUCUGUUAGUCUAUGCGAAGUUUCCUGUCUUGGCAAUAAAUUAACCAUAAAUUAAAUGGAUUUAAAUAUAUAGCUGCAAAUGUCCAUCAUCAUAAGACCACUUGUUGCAUGAAGCACCUGUCUCCCUAUCUCAAGGUCAAGGUCACACUUAGAUGCUAAAGGUAAAAACUUAGCAAUAAAACAGCUUACAGCGGAGUUCUAAAACAAAAGUUAACUCUUUCAGUGCUGGAACCGAAUUUUGAAGGCCUUUGCAAACAGUUUGGAUCCAGAUGAGACGCCACAGAACGUGGCGUCUCAUCAGGAUCUAAACUGUUUGCUAUUCUGAUAGUAUUCUUUGGAAAAAAAUCGACGACAAAUUUCCCAGCAUGCAAAGGGUUAAAGGUGGGUGUGUCUGUGCAUUUCUGACACUUGUUAGUUUAAAAUUAUUUCUUGCAUACCUUAGUUGGAAUGAAUUUUGAGAUUUAAUGUUUAGUAUUCCUUUUACUCAGUGUUUUUGUAUGAUCCCUGUUGUGCUAGACAAGUUAACCACACUAGUCUAGGUAAAUUGUAAGGUUUUUAACCUUUUAAUUUUAGUAACUAUAUACAGUGGUAAAACUGUUAAGUUUGCUUCAAUUAACUCAUUUUGAAUUACAAUGAGUAUUACUUAUUGGUGCAUUUGUUGUUGUGUUGUGAUAGUGAUGUGUUUUCACGUGAUGUAUGCUUGUAAAGCCAACAUUUUUAGGGGGAAAAAAGAACAAACACAUUGCAAGGGAGGCAACUCUUCUAUUUCUGAGUCGAAAUUUAUUUAAAAGAGUUCUCUUUGAAUGAAAAUGAACGUUCAGACUGAAAUAUGUGCUACCAAUUAAUGCCAUGGAUAAAAACAAUAACAGUUUAAUGCAUGUUGCUUUUUAUCAAAACUCUGUACAAAAAUGUGAAUACUAAAUAUAUGCCUAUAUUUAAACAAUUGUGUGGUUGUUUACUCUGCAUAUUUUGAUUGUAUAAUUUGUAAAUUUGUCUGCAGUUUAUUGUGAAUUGAAUAUUUAAUCGUAUGCCUAUCUAUUUAAAACUGCUUUGUUGAUUCACCGGUUCUCAUUUUAUGAAUGCGGCUUUGAUACAGAAUAUUGAUCUAAAAAUUUUUAAAUGUUUUCAAUCAAUAUCAACAAAAAAAAUAAACAAAACAAAUGCUUCAUUUUCGUGAUUAAUGAAAACUUUGGUGUGUAAUAUCAGAUAUCUUUUAUGUAAUAUGUUUGAGGUAAAUAUGAAUGGCAAAAUACGUACUAAUUUCAGUUUUCCACAUUGAAACUGAACUUCGUUAUUGACAAAUUACUUCAAUUAAACGUCAUGAUAUGAUGUAUAUUUUACCUGGUGUACGCAAAUAUUUAUCAAUAAAUCUACACAUUUCGGUCAGCUUAAUAUUCAAUCGUUAAUAUAAGUGCUUUGGAAAUUAUUCUUAAGUUUCAAGUUUCAAUCAUGGACCAGUGUGUUUUUUUUCAUUCACACAGAUUGUCAAGAAAACUUUACUAUUCCUGUAUAAAAUGCAUCCCCCCCCUUUUAUUCAACUCCUUUGCAUUUUGGGUUUUUGGACAGUGAAUACUUAAUACGAUUGAUAGCGUUCGUACUGGAAGUAAUUUUAUUAGUGGAUUGAGCUCUGUGUGUCUGUCAGUCUGUCACACUUUUUUGAAUCCUGCAUAUCUUUAAAAGUUCUUCAUACUUUUUCAUGAAACUUGAAAUAUGGACAGAUGGCAAUAUGGAGAUUAUGCAGGUCAUUUCAUUGUGUUCCUACGUCAAGAAUUCUGGUUUCUAUGGCAACAAAUAGACUAGAAAAAUUGCUGAAAAUGGUGGAGUUUUAUAGUUAGGGGACUUUUAUUGCUUGGCAAUGCUCUUGUUGUUACUGAUGUUAUCAUAAAAAAACUUGUAUGCACAUAAGCUAUAUGAAAUAAACUACAUAUACCAAAAACUUGGACUGUUAAA